UUUGACAGUUGACGUUGUGUUUUGUAAGGUUAAUGGUUGACAUAAAAAUAGUUUUGAUAAAUAUUUGGAAACAAAACCUUCCAAAUAUAGAAUAACUAAAAAUGAAACAUUAGUAUCGUGGUACUUAGUGGGAUGAAAGUUAGAUUCGCUAGUUAUUAUGUCUUAAAAUAGUGGUUAAUUACAAUAAUAGUUGAUACUUCUUUGUCAUGAGCAUAGUUUUCCUAUAAUAUCGAUCGAUUACGAAAGAGAAUUCGCUUCAAAUUUUAAACUUAAAUUGGCUUCAGAAUUGCAUACUGCAUUGAAGUGAACCAAAUCGAGAAGUAACUCGCCUUGCAUAUGUAUUUGUUUCGUUUUAGUAGAAGGGCAGGCGUGAAUUAUUACAAAAGAUGUGUUUGAUCUUUCGAUUCUGCUCAAGUCUGCAAUAAUAUUUACCGAUUAGAAUAAAGCUUCUAUUCGGUCAUAAACUAAUCUUAGAAAAUGAGAUAAAUUGUAUGUGUGUAGCAGCCGCCAGUAUCGGAAUUCACGUCCAUGUAUUGUUGCUCGUUUCUCUCACGACUGGGCGUCGGGAUGGCGAGCAUGAGUUCGACGCUCGUCGAGACCGUCUCCAUCAACUAUGAAGACUUUAACGAGAGCUUCCUCACCUGCGGCACAUGUCUAUGCACUUAUGAUGGAGGGGAGCAUACUCCAAAGCUUUUGCCAUGUUCACACACAGUCUGCCUACAUUGCCUUACUCGAAUAGCUGCAUCGCAAACCAGAGACGCGGGUAGUUUCCGAUGUCCCAUCUGCCGCGAAUUGAUCACAAUACCCCGUGGAGGCGUUCCAGCAUUACCGCCUUCGUUCCUCGUCAAUCAGUUAUUGGAUUUGAUGGCAAGACAAAGAAGAGAAGUGAUACCCCAGUGUAGUUCUCAUCCGGGAAGAGAGUUAUUGUUCUGUGAGACUUGUGAUUGUGUGUUCUGUCGGCACUGCGCCGACGGACCUCACAGCGACACGCCCUGUGAUCAUACCGUAGUGCCAUUUUCGAUUGCCUUAAAGAGAAUGUCUGAGAUAUUGUUGUAUAGAGCCAAUGAGUGUCUUAGUAAGCUGGGCUCCGCUAGGGAUGCGGUUGCCAGUGAGUUAAGAAGAUUAGAGGCUGCAGCUACAGCCGCUGAGGAGGCUAUUGACAGACAUUUCGCGGAACUGAAAGCUGCUUUAGACAAGCGGCACAGUGAACUUAAGUCAGCCGCGGCUGCAGCGGCAACACAUAAACGAAAGCUGCUUGAGGAACAGUUAAAGUUGAUUGAUGCUGAAAAAACUAAAGUGGAAGCAGAAUGUUCAGGUCUGCAGCAGCAAGUGGAGGUCCGCGAGGUGAGUAGUCGCGCGGCGGCGCUGGGCGCGCGGCUGGGCGACGCGGCCGCACUCGCCGAGCCCAGGGAGAACGCGUUCCUGGCGGUCGACUUCGCGCACAAUGAUGCCCAGCAACGAUUCGUCGAAGCCCUAGCCGAGUUAGGCCGGGUGCGGACCAGUACCACCUUCCCAGGAUUGUGUACAUUGCAAUUAGAGUCGGUGUGCGUGUGCGGGCUGGAGGUGUGCGUGGUGCUGCGCACGGUGGACUACCACGGUGAGCCGCGCAGCACGGGCGGGGACCCCGUCAGCGCCGCCGCCACGCUCGACGACGCGCCGCUGCCCUGCGCCGUCACAGACCUCGACACUGGACUCUACAGGAUCACGAUGCGUCCAUGGAGCGCGGGUGCGAUCAGCGUGCGCGUGCUGGUGUUCUCGCGCGCGGUGCGCGACUCGCCGCUGCGCGCCAGCGUGCUGCCCGCCGCCGCGCCGCUGCUCGUGUGGGGCUCGCGCGGCACCGGCAAGGACCAGCUCAGCCAGCCCGUAGCUGUCGCCAGGUGUCCAAAGCGUCGUGAAAUAUACGUGCUGGACGCCGGCAACUCCAGAGUGAAGGUGUUGGACGAUGAAACUUUUGCCUUCAAAACUCACAUCGUUAACGAAGGUCUAUCGGGGCGCAGUUGCACGGGUAUCGCGGUGACGGCCGAGGGCGUGGUCGCUGUCAACUGGCGGACGAGGACAUUAACUGAGGUGAGUGUGGACGGGUCUACGGUGCGCACGGUGCGGUCGGAGCGGCUGGGGGGGCCGGUGGCGGUGGCGGCGGACGUGACGUCACGCCGCCUCGCCGUAGCGGACAAUGGCGCACGCGCAGUAUUCAUAUUCGACGCGCACGGGAACAUUGAAACUGAGAUCGGUGGGGGGGAGCUGGGGCUGGUGGGCGGCGUGGCGCUGUCGGGCGACAUGCUGGUGGUGGCGGACGUGGCUGUGCGCAUCUACGACCUGCACGGCACGCUGCGGAACACCAUCGCACCUGUGCCCAAAGGCCGGGGCGGGUACGGGGGCGUGGCGGUGGCGGUGGAGGGCGCGGGCGAGGGCGAGGGCGGCGAGGGGGAGGAGCGUGUGAUAGUGUGCACGCGCGCGGUGCGCGGCCGCCCGGCGCUGGUGGCGCUGGAGGCGGGCGGCCGCGUGCUGGCGGCCUGCGAGCUGGCGGAGCGCCGCCCGCGCCGCGUCGCCGGCCUCGCGCUGCUGCCGCGCCGCCGCGCGCUGCUCGCAGACCUUGCAGGGGACUGCCUCAGGCUGCACGUCUACUGGUGAAAUGUUCAAACAGCAGGAAAAAGAGGAAGAAAUUAUUAAUGCGAAGGUGUAAACGAAUUUCAUGCUAGUCUUAUCGUAGCGGUGCCGCCCCCCGCCGUACCAAAGCACCGGCGACGCCGGCAGUAUUUCAUUUACGAUAUUCGUAGUACUUACAGUAUUUAUUUACUUUAACUUGCUUAUUACUUUAAUUUUUAAGUCAUAUAACAGUGAAUACGGUUCAAAUAAACCAAUUUUCUGCUUAACAUUGACGACCCCAUUUUUGGUAAGUCGUUUAUGUUUCCACAAGUCUCUGUUACUAUUUGACAAUAUUCGUGACUGAUUUUUAGUGUUUUUAGUGUAUUUUAUUUCGAAUUGUUUUGACAACGUUUUUACAACGAAAUUUGUUUUUAUUCGACUAAAGUGUGUUUGUUUAUUUUAAGCGUGAGAUUUAUUUUUAA